GACUGGAAGAAGAAUGCUCCGAGGCCGAUCCCUUUCUGUGACAUCGCUGGGCGGGCUUCCUCAGUGGGAGGUUGAAGAACUUCCCGUGGAGGAUUUACUGCUCUUCGAAGUAGCUUGGGAAGUAACCAAUAAAGUGGUCCGAGAUGUUUCCAAGGAACAGCUGCUGCUGAAAUUGUGAACAAGUGUCCCAAGCUGAAGAGCCACUUCUCUUGCAAGAUACCUUUAGACAAGAGGAAAAUUGCUGAUAGAUUUUUAAGGAGGCAUGACUGGCCCAACCCUCAUGCCAAACCUAAUGACACAAACACAGAUUUUCGCACAGUAUUUCAUUUUGUCCUCUCUGGCAUUAUUGACACUACUAGUAAAACACAAAGUCAAAAAAAGACAUUUCCUCUUGGAAAAUAUACACAUCCUCGGAUCCGGCGUGUCUACAUCUAGAAAAUUGUCCUGGGGGGAAAAUAAGAAGAGCGCCAAAAGAUAUGCGUUCGGUGGCAUCUAUACUGUGAUUCAGACAAAGGCCAGAACCACAGCAGAUGAGUGGGGAGACAAUUAUUUUCUGAUUGGCCCAUAUUUUGAGCAUAAUAUGAAGACACAGGUGGAACCGUGUGAACCUACAAAUGAUGCUAUUAGAAGAGCAGUGGACGUAAUGAAUAAACACGGCUGCCAGGUGCACUUUGGAAGAUGGCUGAUAGAAGGGAGUCCUUAUGUGGUGCUCUUUGACAUAGGCUCUUCGGCUUGGAACCUGGACAGGUGGAAGGGUGACCUCUGGGAAGCAUGCAGUGUCGGCAUCCCUUAUCACGACCGAGAAGCCAAUGAUAUGCUGAUAUUUGGAUCUUUAACUGCCUGGUUCUUAAAAGAGGUGACAGAUCUUGCCGACGGGAAGCAUGUCAUUGCCCAGUUCCAUGAAUGGCAAUCUGGAACUGGACUGAUCCUUUCCCGAGCUCGGAAACUUCCUAUUGCUACAAUAUUCACCACCCACGCCACACUGCUUGGGAGGUAUCUCUGUGCAGCAAACAUUGAUUUCUAUAACCAUCUUGAUAAGUUUAACAUAGACAAAGAGGCCGGGGAGAGGCAGAUUUACCAUCGGUAUUGCAUGGAACGAGCUUCGGUCCACUGCGCCCAUGUGUUCACCACAGUGUCUGAAAUAACAGCAAUGGAGGCAGAACAUAUGUUGAAGAGAAAGCCUGAUGUGAUUACUCCAAAUGGCUUGAAUGUUAAGAAAUUUUCAGCAGUACAUGAAUUUCAAAAUCUACAUGCCAUGUACAAGGCCAGGGUUCAAGAUUUUGUCCGAGGUCAUUUCUAUGGUCACUUGGACUUUGAUCUUGAAAAGACUUUGUUCCUUUUCAUUGCUGGGAGGUAUGAAUUUUCAAACAAAGGAGCUGACAUCUUCCUAGAAUCCUUAUCCAGGCUAAAUUUCCUGCUGAGGAUGCAUAAGAGUGACGUCACAGUGGUAGUGUUUUUCAUUAUGCCUGCCAAGACAAAUAAUUUCAAUGUGGAAACCCUCAAAGGCCAGGCAGUGCGAAAACAGCUAUGGGACAUUGCCCAUUCUGUGAAGGAAAAGUUUGGAAAGAAACUCUAUGAUGCAUUAUUAAGAGGAGAAAUUCCUGACAUGAACAAUAUUUUGGAUCGAGAUGAUCAAACAAUUAUGAAAAGAGCCAUCUUUUCAACUCAGCGACAGUCUUUGCCUCCAGUGACCACUCACAACAUGAUUGAUGACUCCACUGACCCCAUCCUCAGCACCAUUAGACGGAUUGGACUUUUCAACAGCCGCACAGACAGAGUCAAGGUGAUUUUACACCCAGAGUUCCUGUCCUCCACCAGCCCCUUACUCCCCAUGGAUUAUGAAGAGUUUGUCCGAGGCUGUCACCUUGGGGUCUUUCCAUCCUACUAUGAACCGUGGGGUUACACUCCAGCUGAAUGCACUGUGAUGGGGAUCCCCAGUGUGACAACCAACCUCUCUGGCUUUGGCUGUUUCAUGCAGGAGCACGUGGCUGAUCCUACUGCUUACGGAAUUUACAUUGUCGACCGGCGCUUUCGCUCUCCCGACGACUCUUGCAACCAGCUGACUCAGUUUCUCUAUGGAUUUUGUAAACAGUCGCGCCGCCAAAGAAUAAUUCAGAGGAACCGAACUGAGAGGCUCUCAGAUCUUCUGGAUUGGAGAUACUUAGGCAGAUAUUACCAGCAUGCAAGGUACCUGACAUUAAGCAGAGCUUUUCCUGAUAAAUUCCACAGGGAGCCUACAUCACCGCCAACAGAGCCAAUGUCUCAUGUAAAUCUCUACAGACAAGCUUCCAGGGUCUCUGGCAAGGAAUGUGUGCAACAAGAGUCAUCAACUUCAGGGACUCCUACGAGCUCGUCAAGUAUUUGUAGAUCCUCUGAGUUCAAGAUGUCAUUUCCCAAUCAGUAGUCACCUUUACUAUAAACAAUGUACCUAAAAACACACCUUAUAUUCUAUCUGUAUCGGGUGUCCAAGGGAACAGAUCUGGAAAGUUAGGCUAAGGUAAAAUUUGUCCAUUAGAAAAUGUUCAUGACUGUAACAGAGUUAAUUGCUUAGCUCAUUUAGAGUCAUCAUUCUGCUUGAUGGUAAUGUACCUUAUUUAUCCGUUUAUACAACUUACUCAGCUAAUAAGUAUUGAGCUUCUACUGUGGCCCAAAUCCUAAGUGCCGGGACUUGACUCUUUUUUUAUAUCUCUUUCAGGUAAAACAUCUGAACUUUGCAAUGACUAUAUAUGUGACAUAAUAAUAAUGUAUAAGAAUAUGUGAAAUACAGAGUGACAAAUGCUGUAACAAUUUUAUCCUUUUGUCUUCCCUAUGGAGCAGGUGCAGCCCUAGAGGGCCAGGAUCGUGUUUCUCAUUUUUGUUCCCUCAAUGGCAUUAUGGUGCCUGACUCAUGGCUGGGACUUAGUACAUGUCUAUCAAAUCAAAUUAUUUUACUAUCUUAGGUAGAAGGGCAAUUUGAUUAAAAUCUACUGCUAUUUACUCAUUAACUGAAUUAAAAGUAAGUGGUGGGAUUUCAGGGUCAACGAAGUGGCCUGGCUUUGAGGAUUCUUUCAAACGGUGGUGGUCUGUGGUAGGUCUCACGGGCUUCACCUUCAUGGAAAAAAUAUGAAGCAUGACAGAGACUGACGAUAGCGGCAGUGUAAUGUGGCCGUUGGUAUUAAAGGCUCUCAAAUGACCACAGAUCUUGGUACAAAUCUUUGCUCUACCACUUACUUAUAUGCUCUAUGACCUUGGGCAUAUCAUUCAGCCUCUCCGUCCCUCCAUUUCUUCUGUAAAUGGGAGGAACAAUUACACAGAAGUGUUGUUACAAAGAUUAAAUAAAAUUAAGAUCUAUAUCUAUAUGUACAUACAGCACUUGGCACAUUUAGUGCUUAAUAAAAGAAAGCAACUUGUUUAAUGAAUCUCUCUUAGGCUUGGUGGUACCAG